AUGCUGGCCAAACGUGAAAUAACCGAGAAGAUCCUCUCGCUCCUAAAAACCCUUCCCAAGGACAGAAUCAACCACUAUGCUUCGUUCAAAGACGUCCAGAUUGAGCGUUUCCUGAACCCCGACAAGGUGGCCCAGAUAAGUGAAAAAGACUUGAAGUUGCAAUACAUUUCCCUCAGAGACUUGGUCAACGACAAGUACAAGAACUACUAUAAGCUUGACGAUAAGCUCUUGAAGCCUAAGGGUAACCCACAGUACUACGACCGUAUUCUUUCGGAGAUCAAGGGCGAGAAGAAGGAGACCUGGGCUGAUGCCAUUAGAACCGUCUACAAGGGUAAGUAG